GUUCACCAUCAUCGAAGACGGGUAGAAAUGUCAUGCAUUGUUUAUUUUGCGUGCCGCGUCGCUACAUAUACUCAACACCUAAAGAAUGUGCAUUAAAAAAAAUCUACUGAAUUUGCAUCGGCUUUGGUUGUAGACACUGAAGACCGGACGGUCCGGUCGCACCUGAUACAAAGACAAAUAACAAAGACUGAGACAAUCCGAGCUGCUUUAAAACGUCGAAAAUAUCUUCAGACAUCACAAUGAUUCACCGGAAUAUACUAGUUCUGCAUUUCAAUGACUAUAUUGGUCAUCCUUAGGCGUAAAUGUCAUUGCCAUCCUUUGUGUAAGGCGUGUUUAUAAUAUUAUUUUGGUAACGUGAGGCGCGCGCGCGAGUCUAAGGAGAUCCGGGAAGAUUAUAUAUAAUGUUGCACGCGCAUAUUCGAAUAUAAAUCGAUCUGUUCCAAACAUCAGAUAUUAUAUCGCACGUAUAGCCUGUAACUGCGAUAUACAGCAUUACUGUCCCACAAAACGUCCAUAUUACACUGGAUACGAGAUUUCACGCUUGGAUAAGUAACACUGACUCUAUACUGGACCGCAUAUAUAAGAGUUUUUGGAUGUCCUCGUAAGGAAAUCGUGGUGAAGAUGUGGAUCAACCCGGAGGAGGUGUUGUUGGCCAGUGCGUUGUGGAUGACAGAACGCGCGAAUCCGUAUUUCAUCCUGCAGAAGAGAAAGGGCCAUGGAGACGGAGGAGGCGGUCUCGCGGGUCUGCUGGUUGGAACCCUUGACGUUGUGUUGGACUCCAGUGCUCGUGUGGCCCCAUACCGGAUCCUCUACCAGACUCCUGAUUCACUGGUUUACUGGACCAUUGCCCACGGGAGCUCUCGUAAGGAGAUCACUGAGAACUGGGAGUGGCUUGAGCAGAACCUUCUGCAAACACUCUCCAUUUUUGAGAAUGAAAAUGACAUCACCACGUUCGUCAAGGGAAAAAUCCAGGGCAUUAUAGCUGAAUUGAACAAAAGCCAUGAUAUCAAAGAAGACGACGACACUGAUAAGUUCAAGGAGGCCAUCGCUAAGUUCCGUAAACUCUUCGGCAUGCCAGAGGAGGAGAAACUGGUGAAUUAUUACUCCUGCAGCUACUGGAAGGGGAAGGUGCCACGGCAGGGCUGGCUGUACCUCAGCAUCAAUCACCUGUGCUUUUACUCAUACCUGCUCGGAAAAGAGGCUAAGCUAGUGAUCCGCUGGGCUGACAUCACACAGCUGGAGAAGAACGCCACGCUACUGCUGCCAGACAUGGUGCGUGUCAGCACGCGUUGCAGCGAGCACAUCUUCUCCGUCUUUUUGAACAUCAAUGAAACAUUCAAGUUAAUGGAGCAGCUCGCCAACAUCGCCAUGAGACAACUGCUGGACAACAAGGGCUUUGAGCAGGACCGCUCUCUGCCCAAACUCAAGAAGAAAUCGCCCAAGAAAGUGUCAGCCCUUAAAAGGGACUUGGAUGCCCGGGCUAAAAGCGAGCGAUACCGGGCUCUGUUCCGUCUUCCCAAAGACGAGAAACUGGACGGCCACACAGACUGCACACUGUGGACCCCCUUCAACAAGAUGCAUAUCCUCGGACAGAUGUUUGUCUCCACCAAUUACAUCUGCUUCACCAGUAAAGAGGAGACCAUCUGCAGUCUGAUUAUCCCUCUUCGAGAGGUGACCAUCGUUGAGAAAGCUGAUAGCUCUAACGUUCUUCCCAGCCCCUUGUCAAUCAGCACCAAAAACAAAAUGACUUUCCUAUUUGCCAAUCUCAAAGACCGGGACUUCCUGGUGCAGCGGAUCUCUGACUUCCUUCAGCAGACCACUUCCAAAAUCUACUUUGAGCGGGAAAUCACAGGCAGCCUCAGCAGCUCAGACGAUGAGGUGUACUCGCAGCAGGGCAGCAUUUUGUCCUGUAGUCCUCAGUGUAGUGCCCUUGGCUCAGAGGGAGAGAGUGAGAGGCAGUUUAAUCUCAAUGAUAACAGAGUUCCCACGGCAACACAAGCACUGAUGACCAUGUACCGCCGCCGAUCCCCAGAGGAAUUCAACCCCAAACUGGCUAAAGAGUUUCUGAAGGAGCAGGCAUGGAAGAAUCACUUUGCAGAGUACGGACAGGGAGUGUGUAUGUACCGUACGGAGAAGACCAAAGACCUGGUGCUGCAGGGCAUCCCGGAGAACAUGAGAGGAGAACUCUGGCUCUUAUUUUCUGGGGCGGUUAACGAGAUGGCAACUCAUCCUGGUUAUUACGAGGAUCUGGUGGAAAGGUCGAUGGGGAAAUAUAAUCUGGCCACAGAGGAGAUCGAGAGAGACUUACACCGGUCUUUGCCUGAACAUCCAGCCUUCCAAAACGAGAUGGGCAUCGCCGCCUUGCGUAGAGUCCUCACUGCCUACGCCUUUCGCAACCCCAAUAUUGGCUACUGCCAGGCCAUGAACAUAGUGACCUCGGUACUGUUGUUGUACGCUAAAGAGGAAGAAGCCUUUUGGCUGCUGGUAGCGUUAUGUGAGCAGAUGCUGCCAGACUACUACAACACCAGAGUUGUUGGUGCUCUGGUGGAUCAGGGUGUGUUUGAAGAGCUGGCUAAUGUGCACGUGCCUCAGCUGUAUGACUGCAUGCAGGCGCUGGGCGUCAUCUCCACCAUCUCCCUGUCCUGGUUCCUCACGCUCUUCCUGUCCGUCAUGCCCUUCGAGAGUGCUGUGGUGGUGGUUGACUGCUUCUUCUAUGAGGGCAUUAAAGUCAUCUUCCAGCUCGCUUUGUCCGUGCUUGACGCUAACAUACAUCAACUGCUGAGCUGUAAAGAUGAUGGAGAAGCCAUGACUAUACUGGGCAGGUAUCUGGACAGUGUGACUAAUAAGGACAGCACACUUCCACCGAUCCCACACCUCCACUCUCUUCUCACUGAUAAUGGAGAGCCUCAUCCUGAGGUGGACAUCUUUAAACUCGUCCGCAGUUCAUAUGAGAAGUUUGGCUCUAUUCGGGCAGAUGUGAUCGAGCAGAUGCGCUUCAAACAGAGACUGAGAGUGAUUCAGGCCAUUGAAGACACCACCAAACGCAACGUGGUGCGCACCAUCGUGACAGAGACGGCCUUCAGCAUUGAUGAACUUGAGGAGCUCUACUCACUCUUUAAGGCAGAGCAUCUGACCAGCUGUUACUGGGGCAGCACCAGUAACCCCAUGAGCCGUCACGACCCGAGCCUGCCUUACCUUGAACAAUACCGCAUGGACAUGGAGCAGUUUAAGGGGCUGUUCGCUCUGCUCUUCUCCUGGGCCAGCGGCACACACGCUGAUGAUCUGGCUCUGCGGUUCUUCCGUCUGCUGGACCACAACGCAGACGCGCUCAUAAACUUCAGAGAGUUCAUCAACGGCCUGAGUGUGCUAUGUCACGGUGACCUGACGGAGAAACUCAAAUUCCUGUACAAGAUGCACGUGCUUCCAGAGUUGCAUCAUGAGCAGGAGGAUCCGGACUCGGCCUGUGAAGCCACACAGUAUUUCUUUGAGGACAUCACACCUGAGACAUCCAGCGGUCACGACCCCAAGAACAAGUCUGAGAGGGAUGAUGGUUUUGUCAGAGUCACUUUUAAGAGCGAAAAAGUGAAGAAAAUGCACACUCCAGAUUACCGUACGUACCUCCGAUUGUGGAACCAGGAGACCAAAUCAAAGCUAGAGAACAUAAAGGAUCUUCCCAAACUCAACCAGAGUCAGUUCAUCGAGUUGUGCAAGACUCUAUAUAACAUGUUCAGUGAAGACCCCAACGAGCAGGAGCUCUACCACGCCACCGCCACGGUCACCAGUCUAUUACUGGAGAUGGGCGAGGUAGGAAAGCUCUUCUGUAGUCCCGCUAGCAAGGAUGACGACGAAGCCGACGACGAAGAGGACGAUCAGAUCCCAGCUUGCAGAAGGAAACCCCAAAAAGAGCUUCGCAAUCCCUGCGUCUAUCCACUGGGUGUUCCAAGCGAUGCCGAGAUAAACUCCUGCAUCACGGGACCCUUGGAGGACAUCAAACUUGAGGACUCGUCGCCCAAAGACACGGCCACAUCGUCCGCCAUGCUCAUCUCAGACGAUGAGACCAAAGAUGACACAUCCAUGUCGUCGUACUCCGUCCUGAGCGCAGGAUCGCACGAAAUGGAUGAUAAACUUCAGUGUGAGGACAUUGCGGAGGAUACGGUACUCAUACGCAACAGUGGGAGGGCAGGGCAUCAUGGGACAGGGGGCCUGCCUCACAGCGCUAGCAUCGAUAAAGACUGGGCCAUCACCUUCGAGCAGUUUUUGGCCUCUGUGCUCACCGAACAAGCCCUGGUGCAGUACUUUGAGAAACCCGUAGAGAUCAAUGCGCGAAUAACUAAUGCUAAGAACGUUCGAAAGGUGGGACGCCCGCACGUGUCCAUCAGUGAUUAUGAGAUCUCGCUAUCUGGCUAACGUGGUACAAACAGACAAUUUCAAACUUUAUCUGAACUUUGAAGAAUAAACGAAUAGUUCAAGUAAAAAUUUAAAUUAUGUUGUCAUUAACUAACCUUGUUUGUCGCUACAAACCUGAAUGACUUUCUUUCUUUGUGGAACACAAAUGAAGUUACUUAGCCGAACGUUCACACUGCUCUUUUCCAUACAGUGAAAGUGGAUGGUGACCAAGGUUUUCUAGCUUCAGAAAUGAGAAAAAGCACCAUAAAACUAUCAUAAAAGUCAUCCAAACGACUUGUGCACUGUAUUUCAGGUCAUUUGAAGCCAUAUAAUAGUUCAACAAACAGGAAAAUAUAUAUAUAAGUCAUUAUUCACUGAACAUCUUUACCUACAUCAUCACAUUUGCACUUGCAUUCAAAUGCAACCUCUCGACACGUUUGUAUGUUUUCAAUUGACCGCAAGUACGAAUGAGAUUUGAAAGGGAAGAUUUUCAGACUCGUGCGCUAUAUUCCAAGUCUUCCGAAGACAUUUCAGUAGAUUUGUGUGCGAAACAAAUCGCAAUUAAGUUGUUAUAUGCUGAAAAUCUUCCCCUUCAUCAUAGCUCUCAAAUCUCGCUUUCGCACUGUAGAGGGAUCAAUGGAAAGGAGGAGGCGAGAACCGGCUUGACAAUAUAAAUAAUAGUUUUAAUGAUAAACUUAAAAGAAGACACGAACACACACAUGAUGGACAUGUCCGCUAACAAUCUCUCUCUCCCGCCCGAUCCUCUGCAGUCGACCUUUAACCCUCACCGAGGCUUAAUUAGCCUAAUACGGGACCGGGUGUGUAGGAUAACGACCCGGCCCCGCCCUCCGCCCUGCCACACGCACAUUUACGUCAAUGAAUGUUUUCAUUUGACAGGAAUUACGACUGAGAUUUUAGUCAGUCUGUUCCUUUAACUAAAUGAUCAUAUUGAUUCAGAAGACUUAAUAUUGUGCACCAGUCAUACAGGCUAAUUUAAUGAUACUUCAUGGUGCUUUUUUGCCAUUUUCGAAGCAUAACAGCCCCAGUCCCCAUUCACUUCCAUUAUAUGGAAAAGGGCAGUCUGGACAUUCUGCUUAAACGUCUUCAGGUUUGGUUUUACGAGGAUAAGUAAAUGAUGACAGCAUUUGUAUGCGAACUACCCCUUUAACUGAAGCUGUUAUUCUUUAUCUACAGUAAGUAAUGUAAAUCCCUCUCAUUUUCUCCUGUGGAUCUCCACUUAAAUCAUGUUUAUACGAGCUUGUUAUGGAAUGACUGUAAUGACUUUAAUCUUUGAUCUUUGCUGGUCACUCGGUGUGAUAGUAAACCUUUUAAUGAUGUAACAAACAGAAUGACUGACCUUUUUACCUGUACAAAGACUGAAAGGACACGUUCACCUGUUGUAUACUACGAUGUGUGUACUUUAUAUACAGAAAUGAUUACUAAUAGUAUCUAAUAGUUAGACAGUUUAUCAGAGUAAUCGUAUCUAGAAUAGCUUACUAGUCCUGAUUGGGCAAACACCAAUACAGUAUUAUAAAUAGUAGCAUAUAACUGAUAUAUUCAAAGUCUUCUGCAGCCAUAUGAUAGAUUUGUGUGUGGAACAGACCAUAAUAAUAAGGAUUUUUGGGUGAACUAUUCCUAUAUGUCUGCUGCUGGAAUUGUUGGAUCAUCAUUUAAAAGAAGCCAUGCAACUAAAUCCAUUCAUAAAAUCAACAUAUUUCUCAUUUCAGCUUUGUUCUUGCACAUGCACUUUUGGUUUUUCUUCUACAUUAAAAUGAGGAUGUUUGAUAGCUAGAAACGUUUAAAUAUCAGAUAUUUAGGCAUUCUCUAUGUGUAGUAUAUAGUGAAGACAACGGCCGUGUGCAGUUUUUAAGUUGGUGUGUAUUCACCAAUAAGAGGCACGUGGCAUGUCUGUUCAUCUUUUAAGCUGUUUUUUAUUUAAAACUUGUUUUAUGUCAUUUUAUGCUGCUGUUUUUUUUUUUAAGUUUACAAUUUAAUGUGAAUUGUUACAAUUGACCUGUAAAUGAUUCGGACCACUACCGGUAAUUAAAGGUAUA